AUUGGGUCUUUUUUAUAAUUUGAAAGAGGGAUCGCUUGUGGAAGAAUUUGAACCCACGACCUUAACAAGUUACUUUUGGCCAAAUAUUGUAAAAAGGUCAAACAUUUCACAAAAGUUUCACAAAAGUCCUGACCUUUCAAUUUUGUUGAUUUUGGCCAAAAACUGAUUAUUUGGUUUCACAAAAGUCCGGACCUUUCAAUUUUGUUGAUUUUGACCAAAAAUGAAUUAUUUGGUUUCACAAAAGUCCUGACCUUUCAAUAUUUGACAUGUCACAUAGACGUCACAUAGGCAAAUUGAAAUCAAAUUGAGAGUUGACCACAAUUGAAAUCAAAUAAUUUAUUUUUGGCCAAAAUCGACAAAAUUGAAAGAUCAGGACUUUUGUGAAACUUUUAUAAAAGGUUUGACAUUUUUACGACAUUUGGCUUUUACUUUACUAUCCAGCGUUUAAACCAUUUAAGUUAGAGCUCGUUGGUUAUUUUUAUUGGGUUUAAUACCCCAUAUGUGACAUAUAAUGUGAUAAUUAAUUAAUGUGAUGGAAGAGAAUAUCACAUGUUCAUUACUUAUGGCAAUAUGUAUAAGUUAUAUAUACUACAAUUAAUUUAAUACCUUGAAGAUGCUUCUGCAAGUUGAGCCCUUUUGUAUUCUUUUGUAGUCUAAAAAGCUGAAUAUAUUCUUUAAUUAUUUGAUAAAGAAAAAAGAUAAUGAGGCAACUAAACCAUAAACAAAGCCUACAUUAAACAAAGCAAAAAGGGCUUUGAGAUGAGAUGAGAAGUUAGUUCAUUACAUAACAGUAUAGUUUUUCAGACCAGGAGUAGGGUUGUUGGUUGAUCUGUGACUGCAACUCCUGAAGAAAAAGAAUGGAGAAGAAGACAAUGAUGAGUGAUUGUAAGAAAAAGCUGUUGAAUGAGAUUAAUUCCUUGGAAGAGAAGCAACAGUUUCUCUCUCGCUCUCAUUUCCCUCCUCACUUUGUCUUUGGAGUUGCCACUUCUGCUUAUCAGAUUGAAGGCGGCUGCAAGGAUGGCGGUAGGGGUCCUAGUAUUUGGGACUCUUUUUCACACACCAAAGGAAAGAUUCUCCAUGGAAGCAAUGGCGAUGUAGCUGUCGAUCAUUUCCAUCGUUACCUGGAGGAUAUUGAUCUCAUUGCUAAGUUGGGAUUUGAUGCUUAUCGAUUCUCUUUGUCAUGGUCUCGCGUGUUUCCUGAUGGUUUGGGAACCAAAGCCAAUGAUGAAGGGAUCGCAUUCUAUAACAGUAUCAUUAAUGCUCUUCUUGAAAAGGGUAUUCAGCCGUAUGUAACUUUGUACCAUUGGGAUCUUCCUUUGCAUCUUCAGGAGUCAAUUGGAGGAUGGUUAAAUAAGGAAAUUGUAAAAUACUUUGCAGUCUAUGCAGAAACUUGCUUUGCAAGUUUUGGCGAUAGAGUUAAGAAUUGGAUUACAUUAAAUGAACCCCUCCAAACAUCAGUUAAAGGAUAUGAUACUGGGAGUUUUGCUCCUGGAAGACAUGAGGAGUCGGAAACAGAACCAUAUUUGGUUGCGCACCACCAGAUCUUGGCUCAUUCCGCAGCUGUUUCCAUAUACCGGAGCAAAUACAAGGAAAAUCAAGGAGGACAGAUUGGUUUUGUGGUAGACUGUGAAUGGGCAGAACCUAAUUCAGAUAAAAUUGAAGACAAAAUUGCUGCUGCAAGGCGACUUGAGUUUCAGAUUGGAUGGUACUUGCAUCCAAUAUAUUAUGGGGAAUAUCCCGAAGUUAUGCGCGAAAUACUUGGAGAUAGACUCCCAAAAUUCUCAGAGUUAUUUUACUGUUAAAAGAUUCUGAUAUAUUCUAGCUAUGAACUAAAAUUUAAAAAAAGGCGACUAAACAUAUGGUAUGUUCUACUACUAUUAAACAUAUGGUGUGUUCCAUUAAGAAAAGGCGACUGUUACAGAUAUUAGGAUUUUCUUUAUUUGGUGAGAACCGAGUAGACUGAAUCUUUCAUGUUGUCUACAAACUGAAAAUAAGCAUUCCUCCAUGCCUUCUUCAGUAUCAGAGUUCCAACAACCACCCAAAAACCUACCACAUAUCCUGGUGCCAACCCCGUGAAGAACCAUACCAUUUCAAAGCCAUCUUCGUCCUCACUCUCUUCAUCCACAUGCUUAUCCUUCUGUGAGAAGCAGCUGUUCGGCAAUGGAAACCCGCAAAGUCCAGGGUUACCCUCGUAAAUUGAGGGAUUAACAAAGGUUUGGAACUGGUUGGCUAAUGGAAUCGCUCCUGACAGGCUAUUGUGCGAUAGAUUUAAGUAGUUCAAGCCCGUCAUGGAAGGCAUGCUCAUGGGAAUUGGACCUGAAAGUUGGUUGCAAGAGAGGUCGAGAGUUUCUAGAAGUUUCAGGUUUCCGAUAUUUUCUGGUAUUUCUCCUGUCAGUCGGUUCCAUGAUACAUUAAGCGUACCCAAAUACGACAGCUUUGAUAUCUCAUCUGGGAUCAGUCCUUGUAGAUUAUUCACAGACAUAUCUAUCACAUUCACCACAGCAACUAUCUUGGUGUAGUCAACUUGUCUCCCCUUCACAUUUAACUGCACUUCCUGUAUAUAGGUGACACGAUUAGUUACGACACUGUAUGGUCUGAAGGAUUUCAGACCACUGAGAUUGCCCAAACAUGUCGGGAGUGACCCUGAUAAAUUGUUAUGAGCAAAGUCCAAGAUGUGGAGAUCCGGAAUACCGCAAAGACUUUCAGGAACAAUUCCAUUCAGAUUGUUAGCUCUCAGAAUUAGUAUUUCCAUGGACGCUAGCCUUUCGCCAAUCCAACUCGGUAUGCUUCCAACGAACUGGUUGUGUCCAAGAUCAAGAGACGAUACAUGCGUGCAAUUUUUCAGGGAUUCAGACAGCAGUCCUGAAAGAUUGUUCCUAGAUAGUUUCAACACCUGAAGCUUAGGUAGUGAGCACAUAGAUCCCGGGAUGCCGCCAGAUAGAUUGUUCUGCGAAAAAUCUAUAGUAUCCGUGUCUUCCAUACCUUGCCAAUUCUCAGGAAUAACCCCGGACAGCUGAUUGUUUGAAAGAUCAAGGAUGUUUAAUUUCUUCAUCUCACUCAUGGAAGAUGGUAUUUCACCACUUAAAGAGUUCCCAGCAAGUUCCAACACCACCGAUGAUGACAUAUUUUGGCCGAUCGUUGACGGAAUUGAUCCAGAAAACAAGUUACUACUCAGAGACACAGAUUGAACAUCAGAACACAUUGGCACGACGCCCUCUAAAUGAUUAGAACUUACAUCCAGUCUAAUCAUCCCUGGCGUAAAGCGCAACGACUCUGGAACUGUUCCGCGUAUCUCGUUAUUUUGAAGCUCCAACCACCUAAUUUGUGGACUCAACUUCCAGAGCCAAGCAGGUAUUGUGUCUGAAAUUGCAUCAUCAAUGAGGGAUAUUCUAGCCAGUUCCUUCUGAGUCUCGAGCCAUUCCGGGAACUUAGGACCAAGCUGACAAUCUCGGACUAAGAUCACUUGCAGACUAAACGGAGGAAUCCAGUCUUGUCUAACAUCAAAUGCCAAGGAUUUGUUGACAGAGGAUAAAGAAAAAACUUUCAGAUUUUUUAGUGACAUAAAAUGAGACUCUGUGAUGUUCCCCACCCAAUAAUUCCCAAAGAGAUCGAGAUAAGUUAACGACUUAAGCCGGCCGAUGAUUUCCGGGAUGGUUCCGCUCAAUUUAUUAGCAGAAAGGUCUAAAUCCUGCAGCAAAGACAGCCCUUCAACAGAUUCCGGGAUCGUACCUGAUAUCGAGUUGCCGAAGAUUCUAAGCGAUCUCAAGCUUUGGAAUUUUCCUAAUGACUCAGGAAUCAGACCAGUGAACUGGUUAUAACCCAAGUGCAGAACCUCUAAGCUAAAGUUAUUACACUCAGAAAAACUAUCUAAAAGCUGACCUACUUCACCACUAAAGCCAUUGUAAGUCAAGUCUAAAGCUUUCAAAUUACAGAGAUGUCCCCAACCAUAACUCGAUAUCGGACCGGUUAAUUCUGAAUUCAUCAGGUUAAGCUCAACAAGAGUAGUAAUAUUAAACAGCCAUUGAGGUAUUGAGGAAUUGAAAAAAUUAUUAUGAAGAUGAAGAAGCUGCAAAGAAUUGAAACUCAGAGAUGAAACAGAUUGAGGGAAAAAAACAAGAUCACAUGCAGACAAACGUAAUUCUACUAGAGAAUUAAGUUUACUUAAAGAUUGAGCCCAAGUGUUUGAUAUUAAGCUAAGAUUAACAUUUCCUAAGUUUAGGUACUUAAGCUGAGAUAAACCAGAAAUCCAGGUGGCUUCAGACACCCAAAGUUUUUCAGGAAAUGGUAUAAGGUACGAGUAUGUGAAGAGAUCCAAACUUUCCAGAUUUUGUAGGUUUCCGAUCUCUGGAGGAACGUUUCCGGCGAAGGAAGCGUGAGAAAGGUUCAGGUAUCUGAGUUCAGUAAGGUUAGAAAUGAAACUCGGAAUGGGCACGUGUUGAAAAUUGUUAACACUCAAGUCUAAAUAUUGCAGAUGUUUUAACUGAAGCAGAGACGGAUGAAGUUGACCCGACAAGCAAGAGCGAUUAAAAGCAUCGGCUUCAGUUCCAGACAUGAGAUAUUCAGGAUGAGUAAGGUUAUAAGGGUUUCUGAGAUGGAGCUGGAUGACAUUACCUGUGUCCGCGCUGCAUACGACGCCGUUCCAUUUGCAGCAGUCGGGGCCAGUCCAAGACGAAAGGCGAGCUGAUGGAUCUAUAAGAGCGUUUUUGAACGUAAGAAGCGCCUCCCUCUCGGUCGGAAUGCAACCUGUAGUAAAGUUAAAGAAGAGGAAAAGAAGGAGGAGGUGCGAACAGAUGUGUAUAUUAUUGGCCAUCAAGAAAGUGAAAUAGUUUGCAAGAGAAUUGUGAUCUGUAAAAUAGAUGCAGACAUUGAGGUAUUCAAUUUCAUUGCAUUAUGGAGUAAAGAUUUUGGGACUGAGUGGAGAGUCAAGUCUAGUUACUGUCAUAAAUACCAAAACAAGUUUUUGUAAACGGGUCUGUGUAGCCCCUAAUACAAGUUACAAAAGUCAAACAUUAAACCAUCA